GUUUAUUGUAUGAUGGAUGAUGAUCGUUGAGCACCGAAGAAGCGAGCUUUCAAGCUAAUUAUCAAGACAAGAAGAACAGCCACAGGGUGAGAGAGAGAGAUAGAAAGAGAGCACUUAUGGACUUCUUGCUGUUGAUGUUUGGGGCUCUACCUCUCGUGGGGCUGCUCCAAGCCCUCCUCUACUUUGCAAACAGAGGUAGAAGAAGGAACCAAAGUGAGACCCUGCCUCCAGGACCGCGGCCGCUCCCGGUGAUCGGGAACCUCCUCCAGCUUGGUUCUCCACCACAGAGGUCUUUAAGCGAUCUUGCCAGCAUCCAUGGCCCGAUAAUGAGCCUGAAGCUAGGCAGUGUCACCAUCGUGGUCAUCUCCUCGGCCCCGAUGGCACAAGAGAUCCUCCAGAACCAUGAUGUCUCCUUCUCCAACCGCCACAUCCCCGAGUCCCUCACCUCCUUCCGCCAUCAUGAGCUCGGGUUACCUUGGAUCCCUGUCUCCGAUCCACUCUGGAGGAACCUCCGCCGGAUUUGCAACGCGCACCUCUUUGCGCCAAAGGCCCUCGACUCAAACCAACACCUCCGCCGCCGAAAAAUCCAGGAACUCCUGGCUCACGUAGGAAAGUGUAGUGAGACGGGAAGCUCGGUGGACAUUGGUGAUGCAGGGUUCAUGGCUUCACUCAACCUGCUGGGAAAAACCAUCCUCUCCAUGGACCUGGCAGACCCCAACUCCGCAUCAGCCAAGGAGUUCAAGGAGAUAGUGUGGCAGAUCAUGGUGGAGGUAGGGAAGCCAAACUGGGCAGACUACUUCCCGGUACUGAAGAGGAUGGACCUGCAGGGGGUGAAACGGAGGAUGACUGGUUAUUUCGAGCGAACGUUCGAUGUUUUUGAUAGGAUCAUCAGUGAUAGGCUGCAGGUCAGGGAGGUCUCAGGCUUUGUUAGGAAGAAUGAUAUGCUAGAUACACUUCUUGACCUUAGCGAAGAUAAAGAGGAGGGAAUGGAUCCGUUUCUAAUGAAGCACCUGUUCUGGGACCUCUUUAUCGCGGGUACUGAUAGCACUUCAAGAACAUUGGAGAUGGCGAUGGCAGAGCUGCUUGGCAAUCCCGAGAAGCUAUUGAAAGCGCAGGCCGAGCUCGAAGAGGUGAUCGGUAGGGGCAACCCUGUCGAGGAAUCUGAUAUUGCUCGACUACCAUACUUACAAGCCACGGUCAAGGAGACUUUCCGGAUGCACCCGCCGUUCCCGCUGCUCGUCCCCCGUAGAGCUGGAGCGACAGUGCAGGUCGGUGGCUACACCAUCCCGGAGGGUACACAAAUCCUGGUCAAUGCCUGGGCCAUUGGCAGGGAUCCGGCCACAUGGAAGAAUCCAGAUGAGUUUAUUCCAGAGAGGUUCUUGGGGCUGGACAUUGAUGUCAAGGGACAAAACUUCGAGCUCUUGCCGUUCGGUGGUGGGCGGAGAUUAUGCCCGGGCCUGCCAUUGGCCAUGAGAAUGUCACACCUGAUGCUCGGUUCGCUCCUUAACUCCUUUGAUUGGAAGCUCGAAGAUGGGGUUUCUCCAGAAACCAUGAAAAUGGUAGAGAAAUUCGGAGUCACCUUACAAAAUGCGCAGCCUCUUCGAGCCGUGCCUUUACCGAUAUCGAGAAAUAAUCUCUAGAAUGAGGAUCUAAUUAUGUGUAAUCUGAGGUCCUCCGGAGAAAUCAUGUUCCAGUCAUGGCACUGUUCGUUGAAGGGAUCAAGGUUUCGGACCGUUAUAUUAAUUAUAUUCGUUGCACAUGCACCAUUGUCGAUUAAAUAUGUAGUUAUA